AUGGAGCACCACCAAGAGUCCACAGGCCCAAGGUCAGAGGAAGGAUCAGAAGAGACAGGAGAAGAACCCCAUAUCCCUCAGGGAAAACAUGUAGAGGAGGCUGGGAGCUCUUCUGUGCCUGACGUUGAGCCGAGGUUGUGUUGUCCAAAAAUGAAGCAGAAAGAUGAAGAUGCUGAGUCUGGACCAUCAGAUGCUGUGCAGGAGAGUGAGGAUAAGAGAGAACAUCCUAGCACAUCACAAGGAGGAGCGAGGGGUGGAAUGUUGAAAGAGGUCUUGAGCAACCCAGAUAGAUCCAGAAGGAAGAAGGUAAAAUAUACAAAAGAGAAGGACAAAUCCAUUUCAACUCAGAGCAGGGUCCACCUUGAACAAGAAGAACAAACAGGAAAGGGACACAGAAAGCACCUGGAUGCUCACUUGAGAAUCCACACGGCAGAGAAACCCAGUCAAAGCUCAAAGUCUGUGAUAAAAGUCUGUCUGAGCCAACCAACUGUAAAAGGUUCAGCGUUUGACACUGAGGGGAAAAGUCAUACUGGUAUGGAGUGUACAAUGAGCUUCACAAGGAGCUCACAACUUACAAGACACCAUCAACAAAUUCAUUCUGCGGAGGAACUGUAUAUCUGUACAGAAUGUGGAGAGAGCUUCCAACAACAAAAUCUCAAAGCACAUCAAAGAUGCCAUACGAAAGGGAAACCGUUUAAAUGCCCAUGGUGCGAAAAAAGCUUCAGGUAUAGCUCAAACCUUACCAUACAUAAAAGAGUUCAUACGGGGGAGAAACCCCAUAAAUGUGCAGAAUGUGGAAAGGUCUUCAGCCAUGGCUCAUCUCUUAUUAUACACCGACGUAUUCACACAGGAGAGAAACCCUAUAGGUGUAAAGAAUGUGGAAAGAGCUUUUAUCAGAGUUCAUCCCUUAUUAAGCAUGAAAGAAUUCACACAGGGGAGAAACCCUAUAUGUGUAAAGAAUGUGGAAAGAGCUUUUCUCAGAGUUCAUCCCUUAUUAAGCAUGAAAGAAUUCACACUGGUGAGAAACCCUUUCCAUGCUCGUCAUGUGCAAAAUGCUUCAAAACGAGCUCAGCCCUUUCCAAACAUAAAAGAAUCCACACAGGGGAGAAACCUUAUCAAUGUUCUAUCUGCAGUGAAACAUUCCGUUACAGCGCAAACCUUACCAGACAUGAAAGAGUUCAUACGGGGGAGAAACCCUAUAGAUGUGCAGAAUGUGGAAAGAGCUUUUCAUAUAGUUCAUCCCUUAUUACACAUGAAAGAAUUCACACAGGAGAAAAACCCUUUAAAUGCUCAAUAUGUGCAAAAUGCUUCAAAACGAGCUCACAGCUUUCCACCCAUAAAAGAAUCCACACAGGGGAGAAACCCUAUACGUGUAAAGAAUGUGGAAAGAGCUUUUCUCAGACGACAUCCCUUAUUAUGCAUGAAAGAAUUCACACAGGAGAGAAACCCUAUACAUGUAAAGAAUGUGGAAAGAGCUUUCCUCGGAGAACAUCCCUUAUUAUGCAUGAAAGAAUUCACACAGGAGAGAAACCCUAUACAUGUAAAGAAUGUGGAAAAAGCUUUACUCAGAAGGUAUCCCUUAUUACACAUGAAAUAAUUCACACAGGAGAGAAACCCCAUACAUGUAAAGAAUGUGGAAAGAGCUUUACUCAGAGGGUAUCCCUUAUUACGCAUGAAAGAAUUCACACAGGGGAGAAACCUUAUAAAUGUUCUAUGUGCAGUGAAACGUUCCGUUACAGUAAUCAGCUUGCAAGACAUCAAAGAACUCAUGCACAGGAGACUCCCUAG